GCUCACCAUCUCCAUCUCCAUCGAGCGAGAGGGCACCAACCACUUUGGUGAUCAAGAACAUGGCCGCCGGCGGGAGGCCGGCCACCAUGCGUGCCGUCCAGUACGGCGGCUACGGCGGCGGCGCCGCCACCCUUAAGGUCAGCUCUGGUUGAUCUUACUUGCUUCAGAUUUAUCACCGGUCAUGUUCAGAACAGGGGAUUCCCAAUUUUGUCUGGAUUUCUGCCUGAGCUUUUGCUUCUCUUUUGUUUGUGAAGCACUCAUGUUUCAGACAGGAACUAUCAUUCACAUGCUCAUUAAUCUGGUUGAACUGCUAUAUAUUGCAAGGUUCAAUUUGUGCAAAACCAGGUUUGAUGUUAGUAGCUGUAUGAUCAGCAGAAAUAAACAAGUUAUGCAAAGCUCAGAAACUAACAGGUUGAGGAUAGGGAAUUAGGGAGGGAUUAGAUGUUUCAAUCUAACGGCAAUGGAGUUGACUUGGCAUGUUUAUGUCAUCAUGUGCCAUUUGGCCAUUUGCUUGGAAGUAUACUACAGAAACCAAUUUAUUUCUGCCAACUAGCGUAAGAGUUUUCCUAAUGUCAUUUUUUUACUCUGUCGGUCUAAAUAUGGGUGGACCCAUCCUGGGCUAAGGCCCACCACCAGCCCAUCCUAUUUCGGCCCACAUAAAACUAAGCAUGUUUGUGGAAAUCCCUGUUCCUUCACUCAAGAAGAAUGAAAUUCUCAUAAAAAUAGAAGCAGCAAGCCUCAACCAAGCUGAUUGGAGGAUUCAGAAAGGAUUGAUGCGCCCGUUUCACCCAAAAUUCCCAUUUAUCCCAGUAACGGAUGUUUCUGGGGAGGUCAUUGAGGUUGGCUCUGCGAUUCACGAGUUCAAAGUUGGUGACAAAGUUGUCUCCAAACUUAACCUCUGGAAAGCAGGAGGCCUGGCAGAGUACGUGGCGGCAUCGGAGAGCGACACCGUGUCCCGCCCCGCCGGAAUCUCCGCCGCCGACGCGGCAGGGCUUCCCGUCGCCGGCCUGACGGCUCUCCAGGCGCUGAGCUCCAUCGGCACCAAGUUCGAUGGCUCGGGCACCGGCGCCGACGUGCUGAUCACCGCGGCCUCCAGCGGUGUCGGCACGUACGCCGUCCAGCUGGCCAAGCUCGGCAACCACCGCGUCACCACCACGUGCGGCGCACGCAAUCUGGACCUCGUCGGCAGCCUCGGCGCCGACGAGGUCCUCGACUACGCCACCCCGGAGGGGGCCGCGCUCGCGAGCCCCUCCGGUAGGAAGUACGACUACAUCAUCAACCUCACCGACCGCGGCAAGUGGUCGGUGUUCAGGCCGCAGCUGAGCAGCAACGGUGGCAGGGUCGUCGACGUGUCCCCCAACCUCGGCAACUUCUUGGCGUCGGUGAUGACGCUCUUCUCGCGGAGGAAGAGGCUGUCGCUGGUGAUCCUGACGCUGGGGAAGAAGGAGCUGGGGUUUCUCCUCGAGCUGAUGAGGGAAGGGAAGCUCAAGACGGUGGUCGACUCGCGGCAUCCGUUCGAGAAGGCCGCGGAGGCGUGGGAGAGGAGCAUGAGCGGCCACGCCACCGGGAAGGUCAUCGUGGAGAUGUAAGAUUGUGAUCUGUACAUGCUCGUGUUUUUUUAUUAUCUUUUGAUGUUGUCACACAAACUCUUUCUCUAGUUCUUCUGAUUGCCUCGUGGUUGUAUAUUGCUUAUGAUUUUCUGAAACGUGUUGUGCAUUUGUCAAAA